GUGACGAGUACAGCAGGUAUAGUGACGAGUACAGCAGGUAUAGUGACGAGUACAGCAGGUAUAGUGGCGAGUACAGCAGGUAUAGUGACGAGUACAGCAGGUAUAGUGACGAGUACAGCAGGUAUAGUGACGAGUACAGCAGGUAUAGUGACGAGUACAGCAGGUAUAGUGACGAGUACAGCAGGUAUAGUGACGAGUACAGCAGGUAUAGUGACGAGUACAGCAGACAUAAAACAUGUGAGAGGAUGUAAGAAAGGAACAUUAUGGUAACAUUAGGAGGCCAUCCCAGACAAACAUCUCCCACCACAACCUGCCGUAGUAUUAAACCUCUACAAAGAUCAUCAAAUGUCCUCAAGAGAUGUAGGUUCUGGCUUGUUGUGUGCCGCCAGAGUCCAUUUUCUGUACAGUAAUAUUAGUAGCUAAAAAUAGAUAAGUUGAACUAGUUUUGUAUAACUUCUUAAAACUGUAGAAUAAAUCAGUAUGAGGAUUAUUAAACAUCUUCACUGGACCAUUUUAAACAUAAUUGACAAAUAAUGACUAACUAUAUCUAGGUCAUAAGUUUGAAAUAUAGAAGUCAAGUUGUACUACAUGUGAAAUUCUGUAUGUCCAGAGUGGAAAGGUGGUUCCCUGGGUUAAAGUACUGUACCAGUGAAAUGAUGCACUACACUAGAUAUUGUACAAAGAUGAUAUGUCCUACAGGGUUUUUACCCAAAGAACAGCCUACUGGUGUGUACUUCUGGACACUGAAGAAAAAAAGCUUAGUUGUGUCAGUGAUACUCAAAUGUAAGUAGAUAAAAGAACCUUGUACAUGUGUAGAAUUAUAAAAAGAAAUUUACUCUUGUAGAUGUAACUUUCAUGCAGAAAAACUUAGCCCAUAUACAGUUCUGUACUGUGUGUUUUCAAUGACAAAGAUUCAAACAGUUUUAUAAGGUGUAAUAAUGGCUCACCUUAUGAAUCAAGUGGCUGUGUACGUUGAUGACAAAACUUAUGAGUGUGCAGCUUGUGGUAAAAGUUUUUGUAGUAAUGAAUAUUUGGAAAUGCAUGUUUGUGUGACUGAGGAAGUUGCUGAGAAAGAUAUUAAGUGUGAAGAGUUUGGCGAGAGCUUUUAUAGUAAAUAUGACAUGACACAACAUAUGACUGUUCACAAUGCUGAGAAAAACUUUAUUUGUGCUGAGUGUGGCAAAAGUUAUUACACAGAAGGUGAACUAGAGUAUCAUAAGGUUGUUCACUCAAAUGAGAAAAAGUUUAAGUGUACAGAGUGUAGCAAAUGUUAUUAUAGAGAACGUUCUCUGAAGCAGCAUAUGGCUGGCCACAGUGGUGUGAAAAAGUAUAAAUGUGAAGAGUGUGACAAGAGUUUUGUCACAAAGAGUCAUUUCAAUUAUCAUAUAACUGUGCACUCUGGUGAGAAAAAAUUUAAGUGUGAAGUGUGUGGUAAAAGUUAUUACACACCAAGUAACCUGAAGCAGCAUGUGGCUGUGCACACUGGUGUGAAAAAUUUUAAAUGCGAAGUAUGUGAUAAAUGUUUUGACAUAAAAGGUAAUAUGAAACGACAUAUGGCUGUACACACUGGUGAGAAAAAUUUUAAGUGUGAAGAAUGUGGUAAAAGUUUCCAGCAGAAGAGUGCACUGCAGACUCAUGUGAUUAUGCACACUGGCAAAAGAAACUUUACUUGUGCAGAAUGUGGUAAAAGUUACUACAGAAAGGGAACUCUGAAGGACCACAUGGCUGUCCACACCGGUGAGAAGAAUUUUUUGUGUGAAGAAUGUGGUAAAAGUUUCUAUAGGAAAAUUGAUCUGGAAAAUCAUAUGUCUGUACAUAAUGGUGAGAAAAAUUUCAUGUGUAAAUUAUGUGGUGAAAGUUUUUACAGGAAAAAAGAUCUGGAAAACCAUGCAGCUGUGCACACUGGUAAGAAGUACCUGAAGUGUGAAGAGUGUGGUGAGAGUUUUUACAGAAAGUGUGAACUGUUGGCCCAUAUGACACUACAUUUUGAUGAAAAAAACUUCAAGUGUGAAGAAUGUGGGAAAUGUUUUAAGCAGAGAAGUGCUCUGUUGAGUCAUAUGAAUGUACACACUGUUGUGAGUAUAUUUAAGUGUGAAGACUGUGAUAAAACCUUUUACAGGAAGAGCUCCCUGAAGCGACAUCAGGCUGUACACACUGAUGAGAAAGAAUUUAAAUGUAAAAUAUGUGGUAAAUGUUUUCAAACGAAAUAUAUUCUGGCAAAACACUGGGUUGUGCACUCUGAGAAGAACUUCAAGUGUGAAGUGUGUGAUAAAUGUUUCAAGAAUUAUAAUGCUCUUCUGGAUCAUAUGAUUGUUCACACUGGUGAAAAGAGCUUUAAGUGUGAAGUUUGUGGCAAGAGUUAUUAUAGGAAAGGUUCUCUGAAGGAACAUAUGAUUAUACAUACUGGUGUAAAAAAAUUUGUGUGUGAAGUUUGUGGUAAAAGUUAUUACUGUAAACCGAGCCUAAAACGACAUGUGGCUUCGCAUACCAAUAAGAAAAACUUCAAGUGUGAAAUGUGUGGUGAAAGUUUCCAAAAGAUGACCUUUCUUCUGAGACAUAUGAGUGUGCAUACUGGUACUGCCAUAGGUUAGUGUCAUAGCAAUAAAUAUGGUCAGUGUAUUUCAUCCAGGGACACUGUUCAGCAUUAAAAAUCUGUGCAUUUUUUUGAGAAAGUUUCUGACCAUUUUCAAACACAAAUGCUCAAUUGUUUAUCGAAUUCACCAUCCUCUUCAUUCAUUCAUUCCACAUACAACUUCCAACUCUGAGCAAAGAAUAAAUUAAUAAUACUGAUUUAA